GAGUGCUGCUCAGUUCGGUGGUGUUUCGUCGGGGCUAGUGCAUCAGGCAGGGACGAGUUUGUGUGGGCAGAGUGCGACUGUCCAGCAUGUGUCGGGAGAUGCCAUGCCACCUGCUUUUCAGCGACGUCUGAGUCAUAUGACCGCUCUCCCGGCUGCCGGAGUGCAUCAGGGGAGAGGGUUAUCCGAUCCGCCUUCGUUCGGUAUGUCUCCGUUGCAGCAUCUCAGCAAUGCAGCUCGUGGAGACGUGUUGCAUCCGACUCAACAGCUACUGUCUCCGAAGUCGCUGGCAGCGUAUGGAGUUCGUCCUGCGACGAGUAGUAUUUUGGAACAGCAUCUCAGACCGAGUCAGCAAUCGGUUGUGUCUAACUCUUAUGCUCAGUCAGUUGGGAGAUUGCCUGAUCAGAAAGAUGCUCAGAUUUUUAGUCGACAUCAAGCUAUAGUUGAGGAACAGAGGCGUUCGCCUCAGAGACAACAGAAUCAUGCGUUUAGUCAGACGGGAUUCAAUGCGCCUCAGUUUGGCUGCUCUGCUUUUAGUCCUGACUUUCUUGGACACAUGAGAUUAACAUCCAGUGGAACGUUGCAGCAUCAGUCCAGUCUGACUCAUCAUAAGGAGAAGUAUAAGAACACACAGCCAUUGACACAUAAAAACGACAGACAAGCACAAGUUGUGCUGAAAGCAGACUCAAAAUUCAAUGAAUUACUGAGUGCGGCGGCGUCACUGCAAAGGAGGCCGGAGAUGGUGAGCUCUCAUAUAUUGAGGUCUCCUUCUCAUCAGUCGGUAUCUCCUGUGACUAAUUCAAUAACCAAACCAUUAUUUUCACCAUCUACUGGGUUGCCACCUUCGCAUGUUUCAAUGCCUUCAGUUUCAGUGCCUGUCUCAAGAUCUGCAUCAGUGCCUAUCUCAAUACCUGCAUCAGUGCCUGUCUCAAUACCUGCAUCAGUGCCUGUCUCAAUAUCUGCAUCAGUGCCUAUCUCAAUACCUGCAUCAGUGCCUGUCUCAAUAUCUGCAUCAGUGCCUGUAUCAGUGCCUGUUUCGGUACCUACCUCGGUGCCUAUUUCAAUACCUACCUCAGUGCCCAUGUCAAUGCCUGCUGCCUCUGUGUCUGUUUUAAUGCCUUCGUCAGUGCCUGUUUCAGUACCUGCCUCGGUGCACGUUUCAAAGCCUGCCUCCAUGCCUGUCUCAAUGCCUAUACCUGUGCAAGUUCCUGUGCCUCUACCUACUCUGACUCACAGUUUGCCCAUUCUUGCAUCUGCUGCUGCUGUUGUGAGUGAUUCAUUUGAUGUAGCAUUGCCUACGGUUCAAGCAUUGAAUGUAUCAGACAGUACACAAGUUGCUCAGCAGUCUGUUGACGUUACGGAGAGAAGUGGCAGUAGCAGUAGCAGUGACAGUGAUUCUGAUGGGUCAGGAUCGUCAUCUUCAGCUUCUCAUAGUGAGAAAAGUAGUAGGCACUCUGGAGGACAGAGCUCGUCGUCAAGUAUAUCAUCUCAUUCAGACUCUGAAAGUUCUGAAACUGAUGGAAAGUCAGGAAAGUUAUUGACUGUAAAUAGAGAGAUUUCGAGAAGUAGGCGAGGUUCUGAUGGUAGAAGAGGAAGAUUGAACAUCAGUGCUUUUCAGCAGUCAUCAUUACCAUUUUGGGAAGAGUGUCCUGAUAUCUACGGAAUUAGACGCUCUGGUCGUAAUCGAAGAGUCCCUGAAAGGCUAGAUGUGGAAGUUGAGAAUGGUAGACCUUCAGGGAUAGGCAGCAAGUGGAGAGAAAGUGAUGCCGAUUGGGCUGACUCACCUGAAGGAAUUAGCGGCAGUGAUGAUGAUUUUGAUCCUGUUAUUCCCAAUCUGCCAAGAGGGAAGGGAAAGAAGCAUCUAUGUCACAGAGAUGUUGGUGAGGAUUUGGAUCUGGAGUCGUGGAUGGCUGACAGUCCUGUGUCUUAUGAUGUAUUACGAGGAUCUUUUCGUCAAGCAUCUGCUAACGUGAAUUACAAAGAAGAUGAAGAAGAUAAUGAGACUGAUCCUGAUGAAGUUAUUGAAGCUGCUGGCCGGACUGAUCCGAGUGAAGAUGAUCCUAAUAGGAAUGUGAUCGAGAAGGUACUUGCUGAUCGACUUGGAAGGAUUGGAGAUACUGGUGAUAACACUACAAUAUAUGCUUUGCGACCUCCUGAGAAUGAUGCACCUGUGGAUCCGAACUGUGAUGCAACAGAAGUGCAGUAUCUUAUAAAGUGGAAAGGAUGGUCUCACAUGCACAACACCUGGGAGAGUGAACCUAGUAUCACAGAACAGCAUGCUGGUGGAAUGAAGAAGCUUGAGAAUUACAAGAAAAGGCUGUUGGGCAUUCAAUCCUGGAAGCAGACAGCAGAUGCAGAAGAUGUUGAGUUUUAUGAAUGCCAGCAAGAGAUGAAAGAGGAACUCAGGAAGAAACACCUAGAAGUUGAACGAGUAAUCGCGUAUCGGACAGGAGAUGAUGGGAAGGGUCAACCAACACUUGAUUACUUUAUCAAAUGGAACGGAUUGCCUUAUUCAGAGUGUUCAUGGGAGGUUGCUGAUCUUAUAGGUCAAUAUUAUCAGUCUGAGAUUGAUGACUUUCUAAACAGAGAACGUUCUGACAAGACACCGAAUAGAAAUGCCAAGGUUCUUCGAAAUCGGCCGAGAUUUCAGUUGCUUCGAGACCAACCUUCGUUCUUGUUGUCAAAUUCAGAGACUUUAUGUUUGAGAGAUUACCAAUUAGAUGGACUGAACUGGUUGCUUCACUCAUGGUGCAAAGGAAACUCUGUUAUUCUUGCGGAUGAAAUGGGCUUAGGAAAGACAAUUCAAGCUGUCAGCUUCUUGAGCUGUCUUCAUCAUGGUCACGGAUUGUUUGGUCCAUUUCUACUUGUUGUGCCAUUGUCAACUUUACCAACAUGGCAGAGAGAGUUUAGUCGAUGGACACCACAGCUGAAUAUGGUGGUUUACAUUGGAGAUGUAAACAGCAGAGAACUAAUCAAGCAGUAUGAAUUGUUUCAUCCUGGUAAAACGAGCCAUAAUGGCAAGCUAAAAGUCAAUGCAAUUCUAACGACCUAUGAGAUUCUGUUGAAAGACAAGGCGUUUCUAAGUAGUUUCAGUUGGGCUGUGUUAGUUGUUGAUGAAGCACAUCGAUUGAAGAAUGAUGACUCACUGUUGUAUCGGUCUCUAAUGGAAUUUCAUACCAACAGUCGUCUUCUCAUAACAGGCACUCCGCUUCAAAACUCAUUGAAAGAACUCUGGUCUUUACUUCAUUUUAUUAUGCCACAGAGAUUUCGAAGCUGGGAAGGUUUUGAGCAAGAACAUUCAGCAUACUUACAGGGUGACAGUCGUACACUGACUGCUCUUCAUCAUGAAUUGCAGCCAUUCCUUCUUCGUCGCGUGAAGAAAGAUGUUGAGCGUUCGCUGCCUGCAAAAGUGGAAAGAAUUAUUCAGGUUGAGAUGGCUGUGCUUCAGAAGGAGUACUAUAGAUACAUACUUACUCGAAACUUUGCUGCACUGAACAAAGGAUUAAAGGGUAGUGUUAGUUCGUUCAAUAACAUUAUGGUUGAGCUGAAGAAAUGUUGCAACCAUGCUCACUUGCUCCGUCCUCCUGAAUCUCCUGUGAACUCACUGGAUCAUUUACAUGAGUUGUUGCGGGGCAGUGGGAAAUUGACUGUUCUUGACAAGCUGUUGAUGAGAUUGAAGGAAACCGGUCACAGGGUGCUGAUUUUUUCACAAAUGGUUCGGAUGCUAGAUAUUCUUGCUGAAUAUCUACAGUAUCGACGUUUCCCAUUUCAGAGACUAGAUGGUACAGUUCAUAGUGAAAUGAGAAAGCAGGCAAUGGAACAUUUCAACGCCGAAGGUUCACAAGACUUCUGUUUUCUCUUGUCGACUCGUGCUGGCGGUUUAGGAAUCAAUUUGGCUACUGCUGAUACAGUUAUCAUAUUUGAUUCUGAUUGGAAUCCACAGAAUGAUCUGCAAGCACAGGCUCGAGCUCACAGGAUAGGACAAUUGAGACAGGUGAAUGUGUAUCGUUUGGUCACCAAAAGCAGUAUAGAGGAAACAAUUUUAGAAAGAGCCAAGAAAAAGAUGGUACUUGAUCACUUAGUUAUUCAACGAAUGGAUACAACAGGAAGGACAGUCUUAUCCAAAUCUACAGCUCCAACGUAUGCUUCUUUGUCUGGUGACUAUUCUUGUAUCAUAGAGUAUGCUUGGUGUUAUAGUAACACACCAUUUAGCAAGGAAGAACUAGCAGCAAUAUUGAAGUUUGGAGCUGAGGAAUUGUUCAAGGAAGGUGCAGAUGGUGAACAAGAGAGGAAGUCACAGGAGAUGGACAUUGAUGAGAUCUUGAGUCGAGCUGAAGAUCAACAAAUUCAAGCUGAUCAGGAUCAGUCAUUGUCAUUGGAGCAGGAACUUUUGUCAAAAUUCAAGGUUGCAAGCUUUGCUAUGGAUGAGGAGCCUCCACCACCUAGUCAACAGUCAUCACAAAGUAAGCGUCGUGAGUCAGUCACCACUCCAAAGACUCCAGUUGCUGACAAAAGUUGGGAAGAAAUCAUACCUGAAUUUGAGCGACAGAAAGUAGAGGAAAUGGAAGAGCAACGAGCUCAUCUCCAGUUGUACAUGGGACCCAGAAAGAAGAAACCGGUCAAUUAUGCAGAUGGCGACAAGAAUGAGAAGAUUGGAGAGACAAAUCAACAGGAGACAGUCAGCGGUGGAAAGGGUAAGAAAGGAGUUAGAAGCAAGGCCAACAAAGGAGGUGGGAAAUCACGUGGUUUUACUGAUACAGAAGUGAGAAGUUUUUUGAAGAGUUACAAGAAAUUUGCUCAUCCACAGGAUCGGUUAGAUGAAAUUGCAACUGAUGCUGGAUUGCAGUCAAAAUCAAGUGCUGAGUUGGCGCUGAUGGCCAACAUGCUUCAUACUCGUUGUGUUGAAGCGGAAGCUAAAAAAUCAGAUAUUCCUGACGAAGGUAAAAAGAAAAGUCCUCCUGCUGGCUUUCAGAUAGGUGGAGUAUCAGUCAAUGCAGUUGCUGUGCUGAAACGUGAGGAGGAGCUGGAUGCUCUGCAUCAGUCACUACCUGACAAUGUAGAAGCACGAAGAAAGUACCGCCUUGCAAAACCAGUGAAGAAUGCACAGUGGGGAUUGCCGUGGACUGCCAAAGAUGAUGCAAUGCUGUUGGUUGGUGUGUACGAACACGGAUUUGGCAACUGGGAAGCAAUUAAGUCAGACUCUUCAUUGGGUCUUUCUGAUAAGAUACUUCGUGCUGGUGACCAGAAGCCCCAGUCAAAGCAUCUGCAGACUCGUACUGAAUAUUUGUUAAAAGUGGUCAAGAGUGUUUUAGAGACAGUGAAAAAGGAUGUGGGGAAAAAAGUUCCAAAGUUGAAAAUCAAAUUAGAUCGAAAAGCAGCUCCUGCUAGGAAACCCACAAGGAAAAGAACUAAAAAGCGAGAAUCUGUGAGCAGUCAAGAACCAUUGGAAGACCUUGACGAUGAAAUGCAAGCCAAACAAGCUGAUUCCAUGCCGGAGACUAAAGUUACUGGGAGGAAGCGUCAAAGAGCAGCAGCUGCUUACACGUAUUCAAAGCCCAAUGAUACACUGCCUAAAUUAAAGGAAAGUCAAAUAGCUUCAGAACACACAGUCGAGCCGCCAGCAAAGAAAGAAAAACGAGAAACAGUUGCUUUACCAGCAAAGAAACGACACAAAGUAUGUACUGUUAGCCCAGGAAAACCUCAGUCUAUGGCACGACCCAGUAGUGUUGACGUAGAUCAGCAAACUGAAGCAUCUCUACCGGACAGUAGUCAUUUGCUUGCACCGGCAGCUAGCAAGGCAUCCUCAGCACAUUCGUUCAAAAUGAGUGACCAAGAUUUUCAAAAGUGCAAGGACAGACUGAGACCAGUUAAAGGUUCGAUCCGUAACUUGGGCAAACCACGAGAAGGCUUGUCCGAGAAGGAACAACUGGAUCUCACCGAGAAAUGCUUGCUGAAGAUCGGUGAUCAUAUCAACAAGAGCAUCAGUGAGUACAAGGGAAGAGUGGAGCUUUUGAAAGAGUGGAGAUGGAAACUGUGGCGGUUUGUGGCGCAGUUUACAAUAUGGGAAGCUGAGAUGCUUUUCUCUUUGUACAAAAAAGCCAUGAAGAAACGCAGUGCAGGGGGCAGCAAUAGUCAAUCAGAGACAACAAACUCUUCUCAAUCUAAGAACUCGUUGUUAAGCUCAAAAAGUGCAGAACAUUCCAUUGCAGCUUUAGGGAGUGGUAGGAACAGUCAAGGACUAUCAAAUGAUCCAAAGUCGUAUCACGCCCCGCCUAGAAAGGGGCCUUUUGGUAAGGGGGACAAAAGUUUAUUUGGAAAUACGGCUAAGAAAAUGAAACACUAGUGUACAUAAGAAAGGUUUUGUAGUAGGCGUUAUUGUCGUAUUGCCAUCACAGUACUGUAUAGUCUGGUUUACUUACGUGCAGGUUGAAAAGUAUAUUGUAUGUACUAUUUUCUUUUUAGUUAAUCCUGCUUUUGGAAUAUGCUGUUGUUGUGUAUGUAUAUAGUAGUGUCGGACGCUGGAGUGCAGCCAGCUCUAAUGAUCGUGUCUAAUAUGUUUGGCUUUUUCUGACUUACAACAAAUUGUAUGGUAUGUGCAGCUUAAUUAAUUUAAUUAUCGAGUGAAUCA